CAAGCUAUUUUGGAUAAAAGUUAAUUUGGUGUACAAAGUAUUUCAUAUUCACGCAAGGUCCGAAAAAGAAGUGCACCGCCUACCCUAAUAAUACAUCACUACAUCACUGAUUAGUCACCUGCAUAUAAGUGACGAGACAACUUUAUCGUGACCCAAUAUAUAAAUAUAAUACCUAAGAUAAUUGUGAGAAAAAGCUAUGACCUUGAGUCUACUUUCACAUGCUCACUGACCAGAGUUCGCCGAUCAUCAUCGUCAGGAAAGAAAGGUCUCCUAUUAACAGCCAAGGUCAGCCAUGAACUAUAAAAUUAAAAGUAAUUUAUUUUAAUUUUACUUUCUUUUGUGUCUGAGAUUGUGAUCAUCAUAUCAUGCCUUAUUUUAAUUGCUUUCUUGUGCGAUCAUUGAACAAUAUACUGAAGGAACCAUGCGCUGUUAUUUCCUACUUUGGUCUUUGAAUGAUCUUACACUUCUGGUGUUUUUUUUUAACUUCCUUGCUAAUAUUUACUUGAAUUGGGUUAUCAGAGCUCCUGUUAAUUAGCUAUUUGUCUAACAGGUCCAACAGAUGGAUCAACAAUAUGUGUAAAUUUGUAGUAAAUUAGAACUAGUAUAUAUACACUUUAGCAGUGUCAGAGCGCAGCGGUGGAGCCACGAUUUUCACUAGGGGUAUCAAAAAUAUAUUUAAAAAAAAGGUAAAGGGAAUUCAACUUUAUAUAGUAUUAAUGCAUGAAAGAAACUUUUUGUCUAGGGGUAAGGCGUGUACUUACUAACCUCCCUAGAUCCCACUUGUGGGAAGUCACUGUGUUGUUGUUGUUGCUGUUAUUGUAUACUAGUGUAAUUUUCUGGUGUUGGUUAAAGAUGGCUCUGCCACUACACUUUAGGGUGUUACUAAUAGUGCAUUGACUAUAGCAUGUUUGAUAUAAGUGAUACUAUUGGUUUAUUACAAGAUUAAGACCAGUGUAAGGUGCUUCUGUUGUAGUUUAACUUGACUACUCUGAAGUUUUAACUAGCUAGAAUAAAUCGGUAAAAGGCGUUCAAAGCGAAAGUCAUAUAUUUGCUUGACAGACUUAAAAGUUUUAUACACAGAAAGAGUAUUUUUUUUUUACAGUAUAGGUCUUUUAAAAGCCAACUACGUGUAAAUUGUCUAUAAUAAGCAUGAUCAGUGGCAUGUAAAAGAUGGUAACCUGUUUAAACUGGAACUACAUUUAUAAUGUAGAAAUUAAUUAUUGUUGGUAUAUAUAACUUAAAUUCUUCUUUGACCGAGCUUUUGAACAUUUAAUACCAUUAUUUUCACUGUCAUUCCCAUGUAUUUAUCCGUGUUUCCAUGUUUCUGGGCAUGAUACUAGGCUUAUCUCUUCUGUUUACCUUAAGGUGUUUCAUCUGAAAGGUGAUUAGUAAACUCAAAUGACGGGGAAAAUUGUAGGUAAACAAUUGGACUGGCAUGACUGGGAAAUGCUUUCUAGAAUUUUUACUGUGAGAUUGGGGCUUGAUACUCUAACAAUGAUUGAUUUUGUUAAAAAUGGAUUAGAAUGUUAACUUUUAGGACUGUUUGCUUCCUAGACAGGGGUUCUAAUCCCAUUUUAACUUUCCAAAUCUGUUUCUUACUUUCAAAACAUAAAGAAGAAAAAGAAAAGUUAAAUUUUGGACCUGCAUAUUAAUGUUUGAGAUAAUUUAUAAAUUCCUUCUAGCAGAACAAAAGAAAGAAAUCUCAUGCUUCGAAGAUUACAUUAAACAAUGCAGAGAUUGUUUAUAAGUUAAACAUGUACUGAUAAAUAGUAUCCAUUUUGUUGGCUUUGGAAGGCAAGAAAUGAGUUUACUUUUGCGGGAAGAGUACUUAACUUUUACCACUUAAAUUCACUUUAUCGUAAAUUUUCUUCAAUUUCUUUGUAUAUUAUUAGAUAUUCAUGCUUAUAGAUAUUAGUCUUGGACUACACAUACAUAUUUGUAGUUUUUCUCUAUUUGCGCCUUUCUUCAUUAAAGCCCACGCUUUAUUUACGCUUUGCGCUUAAAGCCCCAACUGACCUUAGAGCUUUUUUGUGCUUUUCGCCUUUGCUAACACUGCUACACUCCUUUAGUACUUUAGAAGGUGACAAUUCUUUCUUCUGUUCUUCCUGUCAUUUGGUACAGAUUUCGGAGAGGAUUCAUUUAGGGGACUGUUUUUCUUUCUUUUGUUGCUCAAUCGUGUCUCAUUCAGUAACUUUUGUAAUUUUCCAUUGAAAACCUCUGAUGUGUUGAUUGGUUUUCACUAACUAAAUUCAACUGUCUGACUUUGCUCAUUUCAAGGUCCGAUGUUAAGAUACUCACCACAGCAUGAGCUGGGGUAUCAAGCUAUGAACUUAUCAUCAUAGAGGAUUUACGUCAUGAGGGACAGGUGGCCAAGAGGUAAAAAGUGGCUUAAAUUGUCAUCUGUAGAAACAAUCGCGCUUGAACAGCUGAGACGAAGCUCAACAUCAAGGGAAACAAAACAAGAAAUGAAAAAUAAUUUAGAGACCAAGGGAACUUGGCUUCCUUAUGACUUACUUUUUAAGGUUUUUCUUCUACUUCCAGCUGAAACUCUUUGCAGACUGCGUUGCGUAUGCAGGACACUUCUCAACAUGAUCAACAGUCCGGCUUUUGUUGAAGCUCACUUUCGUCAAUCUGAGACAGUUCUAAUUACUCAAAAGUCCUUUCGCGAGGAAAACAUACGGUCACCUUUUCCACUACCUUCAGAUAAGCCAAAUCAAUGUUACUUCCAUUUCUGGGACAUCCACAGCGGCGAAGGCCACAAAGUUUGUAUGCCAAAUUUGAGGAACUUAGAGUGCGUUUUGGCUGCCUGCAACGGUUUGGUCCUGGCUAGAAUUAAGAAAAACGGAGGUCUAGUAGUUGUAAAUCCAAGUACAAGGAACCACAUUAGAAUGCCUCUUGGUACAAUUGGUUUCGCGCAGGAGUGUUACGGGUUCAUGUUCAGCCACUUCACAGGUGCUUAUAAAGUAGUACACUUGUUCCGCGACGAACAUAGACACAUCCGCUGUGAGAUCCUGAACCUCACUACAAGAUCAUGGCAUGCAGUGGAUGGACCUAAUUCAGGAGAAUUCGGAUCAAUCAGUACUACUCGUAGAUCUGUUUCAGCAGUUGGUGCUUUGUAUUGGCUUCCAAAGAGGGACAGUUGUAACCAUGUUGUGUCUUUGGGAUUUCAUGAUGAGAAGUUCCAAACUGUACCUUUACCAAUCAACAGCACAAAAAACGAUCGGCUUGUUGAGAUUAAAGGCACCCUGAGCUUCAUAACUCAUGCGACGUUGAAUUUGAUUCAGGUAUGGAUCUUGAACAAGGAGGGCUUAAGGGAAAAUUGGAUAAAGAGAUAUAGCAUCAAUAGGUUCUAUGAUAUCACAGGAUUUGUUCCACUUUGUGCUUGGACGACAGAAAUAUUUUUCAAGAGAAGAGGAAACCCUUUGUUACAUAUUUACAAUAUUGAAGCUGAAGAAAUGCAGGAGGUUAAUGUUGGAGAUGUGCAAAUUUACAUGCCUCAUGUAAAGUCCCUUGUUUCAUGGGAUAGUCCUCAAGGUCAGUGGGAUGUAUAACUAUUUAACCAGCACACCCUUAGUGCUGCUCCGAAACCUACUCGUUUUUGCUUCCUAAAAUCACUUUGUAAAUACUCUAGUUGGAACACAUUUCUGUGUUUUUCUUUUACCUGUGUGCUAUUGAGUUUUAUUAUGGGACUAUAAAUCACUUUUAACGUCGUAUGUC